AUGACGGGUCUGCUCGCCGCCGUGGCCCUGGUGGGGCUUCUGUCCUGUGGCCUCUGUCAGGAGAAGGUCUUUCUGCAGCGAGCCGGAGUGGCGUUCAACAGCCGACAGUACAAGUCCCUGCUGACCGUCAACAAUGGAGAGCAGUUCGGAAACUGGACCUGGCCCGAGAUGUGUCCUGAGAACUUCUUUGCUGUCGGCUUCAGUGUCAGGGUGGAGUCGAACCAGUACGGUGCCGAUGACACGGCCCUGAACGGGAUCCGCCUCAUCUGUGCCAAGGAUGGCAGUCGAAGCUUCCUGUACACUGUGGAAUCCCACACCGGAUACUUCGGUGACUGGACCCAGCCUCAGUACUGCCCCAGUGGCGUCCUCACCUCCUUCCAGCUUCGUGUGGAGCCUCAUCAGGGUCUGUUUGGCGACGACACAGCCGUCAACAACAUCAAGUUCCGCUGCAGCAGCAACCCCACGCUGGAGGCUAACGGCAUGUACUGGGGAGAGUACGGCCACUGGAGCCAGGAGUGUACAGGAGGAAUCUGUGGCAUCGAGACCAAGAUGGAGGAGUAUCAGUACGGCCUGGACGACUCCACCCUCAACGACGUUCGCUUCCACUGCUGCGCUAUGCCCCAGACAACACAGUGAUCAGGAUGGGCAUGAGUAGACCGUAUCAGCCUGAUCCGCCUCCAUCUGGAUUCACUCAAAUAAAAACUUUGAUGAUU